CCGUGCAACCGCCCGCGCAUCUGUCGGUGCCGCGGCAUGGGCUGGGGGCCGGCGGGACACCGGGGCGGGCGAACGGGCUCCCCCCGGCCCCAGUGCCGCUCAGCUCGGCUGCUGUCGUGCAGGAUGAGCCCAGCGAGUGGGAGAAGACAGAGCUGGACCGGACGCAGGUGGAGCAGCGGAUCAAGGAGUACAACAGCCAGAUCAACAGCAACCUCUUCAUGAGCCUGAACAAAGACGGCUCCUACACUGGCUUCAUCAAGGUGCAGCUGAAGCUGGUUCGCCCUGUGUCGGUGCCAGCCACCAAGCGGGUCCCCUCCGUGCAGGCGGGGCGGCCACACCCCCAGGGGGUGAAGCGCCGCACGUCCUUCUACCUGCCCAAGGGRACCGUCAAGCACCUGCACAUCCUCUCGCACACCCGCGCCAGCGAGGUCAUCGACGCCCUCCUCCGCAAGUUCACCGUCAUUGACAACCCCCGCAAGUUCGCUCUCUUCGAGAGGUCCGAGAAGGAUGAGCAAGUGUACCUGCGGAAGCUGGGUGACGACGAGCAGCCCCUGCGGCUGCGGCUGUUGGCCGGCCCCAGCGAGAAGGUGCUGAGUUUCGUCCUGAAGGAGAAUGAGACCGGCGAGGUGAACUGGGACGCCUUCACGCUGCCGGAGCUGCACAACUUCCUGCUGAUCCUGCAGCGGGAGGAGGAGGAGCACUUGCGCCGGCUGCGGCACCGCUACGCCCGCUGCCGCCAGAAGAUGCAGGAGGCACUGGCCACACGCAUGCCGGGGUGACCACGACGCUUGCACCCGAGGCCAGCCAGCGCACCGGACCCUCGCCCGCCGGCGGGUGGGGGCACCAGGGAGGGGGGUGGAAYGGGGCACCACGGACCCACCGGGCUGUCACAGCCCCCAUGGGGCUGGCCCAGAGCGUGAGGUUUCCUGGUGGGAGUGAGAGCGAGUGUCRCCCGGGAGUGGGUGUUUUCAGGAGAGCGUGUGUCCUGGACGGAGCGAGUGUAUCCUGGGGGAUUGGGUGUCCCCAGAGGAGUGGGUGUGCCCCGGGAAGCAUUUGUCCUGGGGGGAACGAGAGUACCCUGGGGAAUUGGAUGUCCCCGGAGGAGUGGGUGUCCCCAGGAGAGCGAGUGUACCCUGGGGGAUUGGGUGUCCCCAGGGGAGUGGAUAUCCCUGAGGAGUGUGUGUCCUGGAGGGAGCGAGUGUACCCUGG